AUGCUGCCACCCAUCCGACGCGCCAGGGUACCUGAAAGGGAAAAGCGAACCUAUAGAGCCUGUCUACAUUGCCGACAACGAAAAAGCCGCUGCGAUUUAUAUGGCAGUGGCGAACCAGGUAAACCGCCUUGUGAACGGUGCAUCCGAGAGAAUCAUGAGUGUGUUCUCGGGCCUUCACAUCGUGGAGGCAGAAGGAUCAAACGCAACACCACAGGUUCCGAGCAGCCAGAGAAUGAGGCCUCACACAAUGCAUCUUCCAGUGAGGAUACUGGACAGUCCUCGGUCCCGCCUGUACAGCAAGACAGUACACGCGAAGAAAGGGAUGACGGAUAUCACAGACGUCUUCCAUCUUGGCCGCAAUAUACACCAGGAUCACGAAGCACACCGGCAUCUGCUGCAGAACCACCCACGUCUCAUCCGAGUACCAAAAUGACUGUCGACGAAAGCAUUGUAUCAACCAAUUUGCAAAAUCCAUCCGACGCUCUGGAGUUUCUAGCCAAUGUUGCUGGUCGUAACGAGGGGGUGGCGCAAACACCAUCGACUCACGGUUCGAUAUAUGCGAGGUCUCCACAUCAGAGUGGUGCAGACCAGCAUGUACAAGACGCGACACCAUCUUCUAAUCAUCCUUCACCUGCCGCCAUGCAAAUACAAUUUCCACCUUAUCAGAAAGGUCAUGUGUCAUUAGGAAUGAUGCAUGCACUCAUAGAACGGGCUCGAUACUUACGGUUUGACAGCUACAAAAUGAAGUAUCACCACUUCUACUCGGUUGUGCCGCCUUUCAUGCUAGAGGCUGAAAACCUGGCGGCCAAUUCAGUACAUGAGCCUUAUCUAUUAGCGGCUGUGUGUACAAUCGCCUCCAAGGACGAGCCGUCGUGGUGGGACACCCAUGAAGCUUGCUCGACACACAUGCAACAGCUCAUCGCCGAACUCAUGUAUGGCGGUAUUGCCACUCUGGGAGCUGUAGAGGCGUUAUUAGUCCUUGCCGAGUGGGUGCCAAGACCACCACAAUCCAUGACCGCGGUAGGUCGAGGAGAAGAAGAGCAGACGGCAUGGAUGCUUUCAGGUAUGGCUAUCAGAAUGGGCUAUCUUCUUGGCAUAGACCGCACAGGGUUUGUGAACGAGUCGGACCCCAGCGCACCAGAUUAUAUUCGAAAACGACUCGCUUGGGUGGGCUGUUAUAUGAGCGACCGCCAUAUAUCUGUUCGCGUCGGAAAGGCAUUCUGGAGCAGAGGGCCUGCCAUGAUCAAAUUCUCGUCAAGGGACUUUCAAGACAUCAAAUAUCCGGGCAACCCGAUGGACAACUUUGCAGCUCUUUGCGAAGCACAUCUGGAAUUGACACAACUCUUCAGCAACGCUCACGAUGUGCUAUACUCCUCCAAAAACAGGAGCGCACAGCUGAACUUUGGUGGAGAGUAUGUCAAAUAUAUUGAUGACUUCCGCGAGGCCAUGAGUGCUUGGUAUGAUCGAUGGGGCAAAUUGCCAUGUACAUCGGUCAUCAAAGCAGCUCUCAUCAUAUCUUUCGAGUACCUCCGACUCUACGUCAAUGCCUUUGCAUACCAAGCAACCCUCACCCGCAUGGCGCAAGAUUAUAGCGAUCAGCAGAAUUCGCACGGUCCCCAGCGUCCAAACGGACAAGCAACAUUCACCGAUUUCAUUGCCGCGACACCGGAUGCACGAUUCAUCUACGACUCAAUCGACUCUGCAAAGAAGCUGCUAACAAUUUCGAACACAUUACUGGAUCCCGCGACAGAGUUUAGAUACAUGCCGCUGCGAUACUACCUCUACGUGAUCUACUCGGCUGUCUUCCUAUACAAGGCAAGAUCAACAGGAGUACUAGGCGGCGACGGUGGCAACGUGAAGAGAACCGUCGGAGAAGCUGUCGAUCGACUACAGAAAGCAAGUUCCUGUCAAAAUGAUGUCGGAGACCGCUACAGCAGAAUGCUACGAUUGCUAUGGCGAAAGCCUCCACCACAAGCUCCUGCUACACACAUGAAUGGAAAUGAACAGCCAUAUCAAGCAACAGCACAAAAUGCCCAGGUUCCCGCGCAAACCGAGCAGCAAAAUCACAUGAAUAUCGAGCAAACGGCGCAGGUACCUUACAACAACGCCUUCACAUUUUCAUGGCUGGACUUGCAUGCUGUGGGCGAUUUCGCAACCAACAACAACGAGAGCAUGAUGGACAGUUAUGAAGGCCUUGAUGACGUCUCAGGAGAGCCAGCAUACGGCCAUUUUGAUCCAAACUUUGUCCAAGGCCAACAACAGCAAAUAGGUUGGAACGGCUUCUCCGCUCCCGGUAUAAUCUUCUAA